AUGAAGGUGUUGGCUCAUUCUGCAGUAUUCUCGUUGAUUUUUCUAUCUCUCUGUCAAUCGAUCUUCAGUAGUAAUAGUGUAGAUGAAGAAUGGUCGAAUUACAUCCAACGAUAUGGUAAAAAAUACGUGACAGAUGCAGAAAAUCAACUACGCAAAUCGAUUUUUGUCUUCAAUCUACAUGAAAUUGAACGACAUAAUGCCCAAGUUAACCGAACUUACACAAAGGCCGUCAAUCAGUUUUCUGAUUUAACUCAAUUGGAAUUCGAAACCGAAAUUCUCACGCCACAAUUAGCCUUUGCUCCUAUUCCAAAUUCACCACCAACACCUGUGCAAACUCGUUCAUCAUCAUCAACCGCUUGCACAGUUCCAAUGAAUUGUCGUCGUGACGCGAGCAACUGUUGUAUCUCAUCAUCAAAUCCUAAUGCUUGUUGCUCAGCUCUUGGUUUAGGUAGUUGGAAUCGUCGUCAAUGUAGUUACGAUAGUGGAGUCAACGGCGUCGUACCAAAUGGAUGUAUUCACCAUGAUUCACAAUGUUGUCGAUCAUCAGGAAAUCCAAGUGAAUGUUGUGCAGCACUUGGUUUUGCCUGGUGGGAUGGAGAAUGGUGCCGUGGUGCUCAUCCUGCUAAUGUACCAGAUGGAUGCCAAGCUUCAAACAGUCACUGUUGUUCAGAAAGUACAAUGCCACAGAAAUGUUGUGAAGUAUUUGGUUUUGAUUUUUACGAUGGAGCGUAUUGUCGUCAAUCAACUUGGUGGGGUGGACGCGGGGAUCUUUUGCCGAAUGGUUAUCCCAAAGAUUUCGAUUGGACAUCAAUGACCUACCAAACUGUUACUAAUGCGAAAAAUCAAGGUGGAUGUGGAACUUGCACAUUCUUUGCGGUCGCCGCUGCAUUAGAAAGUGCUUAUGCCAUUCGACAUGAACGGGAUGCUGUUCCUCUGUCAGAACAACAACUGAUCGACUGUUCUAUUCCAGGCAAAGGCGGCUGUUGGUCAUCGAAUUUCGAUGAUUCAAUCAAUUAUUUGAUUCGAUCGCCUAAAACAGCUUUGGCAACUGAAGCUCGUUAUCCAUAUCAAGGUCUUCAUGAUACCAAUUUCAAUGCACAUGCAUGUAGCGAACGUUUUGCUCAACGUAUGGGUGCGACACAUUUCUUUGAUAAUAAAGAAACAUAUCACGAUGCCUGGGACACAGUCAAUGAUGAUUUACUCAUACGACUUGUAUCCAAAGGUCCUGUCGCUAUUGCUAUUAAUGCUGAUUUUAUGGGUGGAUAUGGUGGUGGAGUUUAUCGUGGUCCGUGUCCACCACAUGUCAAUCAUGGUGUUUUACUGACGGGUUGGGGUACGGAUGCACAAACAGGUGUUCCAUUUUGGCGUGUGAAAAAUUCAUGGGGUACAGGAUGGGGUGAAAAUGGUUUUGCACGUUUUGAACGUAAACCGGGUGAAAAUCAAUGUUUUAUCUAUCAUGAAAUGACCCGUCCGACUGCCAUUUAA